AUGAGCGCUUGUAACCGAGUGUCGUGGUACGAUGAUAAUUCCGCGCCGCCCUGCUGCGCUAAGAACCUCAUCAAUUAUGGUGGAGCCACCCCCGACUGGGCCCUGAAGGCUACAGUACACCAAUUUGUCACCGCUUCUCUUGACGGAGUUUCCUUGUUCUAUAGUGCAAUUUUUUUUAAUUUGCUCAACAAUGUGUUUUGCUGUGAUAUCGAAGCAGUAGAAGUACUCAAAUAUCGCAGCCCCAACUAUACUCGGUCGGAUAAUAUCGAGUGCGAAACUAGAGUUCGUGCUCAUAAACCCAUUUAUGAGCUGCUGAAGAGCCCUCUUCGAUAA